AUGAUAAUAAUGAAAGUGUUUGUUCUCAUUGUAUUUUUGUCUUUAUCUAAUUCGAAAACCAAUUUUAUGCCCAACUUACCUUUGGGAGAAUAUCGUAUAAUAUAUGAAAAAAUAUAUCCUUGUGAGUCAAAAAAUUUAAUUCAAUUCAAUUAUUAUUUUAGUAAAAAAACAUUAAGUGUAACAGAGGUCAAAGGAAAUAUGACAUACUUAGUACCUUUUGACGAUACUCUUACAAUGGAUAUAAAUGGUGCUUCCUGGGGUUCAAUUGGGGGUUGGAAAGAAAAUUCAAUAAUUUAUAUUACAAAAAAUACAUGUAGUAAUACGAGAAAAUUCUUUGGGAAUGCAUGGAAUAAAAUAGUUAAGGCCUUUAACUUCCCCAAUACUAGCUGUCCAAUAGUAGUGGGACGCUAUACAACAACAGGUUUUGAUUUGAAGGAAAUGGCCGAUAAUAACUUUCCCAAGGUGUAUUUUUAUGGAAAAUAUAAAAUGACGUUUAAGAUCAAAAAUGUAGAAAAUAAAGUAGUGGGUUGUACCGUACUUGAAUUUAGUCUUAUACGACCUUGGGAAACUCCAAUUUGAUUAAUUUGAAAAAAUAAUAAUAGAAUAUGUUAUUGUCGUAAUUAUAAUGUCUUUCUUUUUUUUUUAUUCAUUA